CCAGCAUGUGUCGGAACGGAUUGCACCAUGGUUCUUCCCAUCCAAGCAUACCGCCGAGUUCGCCUCUACCUUGUUCGCCUUUCAGUUCUGGAGAGCCGCCAUCAAGUGUCUGAUCGCGUGGACGGACGCGCGCUUGGUCGCUAUGUUUGUCAAUGGCUUCGUUGGCGAGGACUACCUCUUCGGGGGUUAACACGUUCUUGAUAACAAGGUAACCGUUCAGAUCGAAUAGAUAUUUUUCGUCAGCGUUCAUGUUCGAUUUCCUCCACCUUUU